AUGGCUGGGGCCUCCGAAGAAGCUGUCCGCAGCGCCCUUCAGGAACUAACAGAGGGGAAGCUUGACCAAACAACAGAAGAAUAUCUCGUUGGCAUGCUGCAGGAUGAAGCCCCAAACAAUCCAGAAGAAGCACACGAACUCAUUGGCGCUUUCCUCAUCGAUGCUGGUGUCGCUGAAGACGAUGCCCAAUCUGUGGCCAUUUGUGGCCGCCUUGUCGAUAAACUCCUUGAAGGCCGAGGCCCGCAACCAACAGAGAGUCUGCAGACCGAAGCCCCCAAAGCAGCGGAGCCAAGGGCCCCCGUGAGACUGCAAGACCUUCUGAGCAAGAGGACUGAAGGAGACUUCAGCGAUCCCUAUUUGGGCAUUCAGCAGGAUGCGGCAAUGAUUAAUUAUAACGCACCAGUUUUCGAUGGGGAUUCGGCAGCAGCAGAUGCAGCGAGGCAACAGCAGCUGCAGCAGCAGCGAAGGCAGCAGCAGCGCGAGAAGCAGCUGCGUCUGCUUCAAGAGUGGGAAAAGAAUAAACCGCCUCUGCCACCUCCGAAGAAGCGUCACGGAGACGUCCAACUCAAGCGCAGCGCGGAGGGCAUUUUGGUUGAUUCUUUUUCGAUUUCUGUGGCGGGGCGUCAGCUGUUGGUGGACACGUCUUUAAAACUCAUGAAAGGGAGGCGAUAUGGCCUGAUAGGACGGAACGGUAUCGGAAAAAGUACUUUACUGCAUGCAUUGGCCCGUCACGAUAUUCUGGGGGUCGAUCCCGACACCACCAUCACUUGUGUAGAACAAGAAUACCGAUUUGGCAAUGAAACUGUUCUCGAGGCUGUCUUGGCGGUUGACGAGGAGAGAAGUAAACUCUUGGAAGAAUCCGAGUUGCUGCAGCAGCAGGGGCAGGCA